AUGACUCAUGGUGGUUAUGGUGGUGGUGGAUAUGCGUUUAAUUAUCAUGCUAUAGAUAAUGGUGCAGGAAGUGGAGGUGGUCAAACCGCUGUCAAAUUUUUAGAAAACGAUCUUUGGCAUCGUGUAAUUGUGAGCGGUGGUGGUGGAGGAUCUGAUAAUGUCCAACCAGAGGACCAUUUCAUGAAGAAAGAUGAUGGAUCGGCUGGCUCAGGUGGGGGAUUAUCUGGACAAGGUUUUUGGAUUGAUGGUAGAUAUAAUAAUAGCUAUUUAGCAAAUUCAACAUUUGGAUUUACUUUUGGGUCAGGCGAAUCUGCUCAAGAAUUCAUAUCCAAAAAUGAUUACGGCGUUAAAAUUAUUUCAUCUAGUUUCGAUAAACCAGGUGCAGGAAGUGGAUGGUUUGGAGGAUUUGCAAGUCAUAAUGGAAAUGGAGGUUCGGGAGGAGGAAGUUCGUGGGUUUUGUCUAAAGAUGCAGAUAUCCCAGUUGGAAAUAUUGCAGCGAAAGGACCUUUCUUCAACAUAACAGAUGAACGUCCAUACUUCUUCAGAAAAACGGAUGGAUAUCUUUUCUAUGACAUUGUUAACAUCCCAGGUGUUUGGGAAGGCAACGGUAAACUUGUCAUUACUAUAUUAGACAAACUAUCUCUUCCUUCUUGUUUCUCUGUUUGUUAUCUUCAUUUCUCAUAUCAUCUUUUAUUUGUUCUUUUCAUUAAUUCUACUUCAAACUAA